GAAAGCUCACUAGUCGUUUCGUGUUUUUACCCUAAUUCUUUCGUCUCUUCCCGUGAGUCGUGAGUCUCAUGACCAAAGCCACAAUAUCGAAAUCAAAUAUUCUUUUUUGGAAAGACGAUUCUGAUAAAGACACCUCGGUUUCAUUGGUUAAGCGCUGAUACUCUCUGUCCUUCUAACCAUCUGUUUGCCUCCCUCCCCAUUUGAGCUCUCAGCUCUUAAUGCUGCAAAUGAGCAAAUGGAGAUUGAUGAUGAGGAUGACACAAAAACUCAAGGACAAGCACAAAGUGAAACUCAACAUGUUCAAGCAACUGAAACUGUGAGUCAUUCUAAACGCGCAAAGUCUCUUGUUUGGAACCCUUUCGUAGUAGUAGGAGUAGUGGCAGAUGAAAAAAGAAGGAGUCGUUGCAUUCAUUGUAAUAAGAAGUUAGUAUCAGAAAUCUGCCUCAGGAACAUCUUCUUUGAAACAGCAUUUAGAAAUCUGUCUCAAAAAGCCUCAUGCAUCAAGUGGUGAUCGUGAGUAUGAUCACAAGGUUGAUCGUGAUAUGAUCAGUGAGAUCAUUAUUUACCAUGAUCAGCCUUUCAAAUAUGUUGGGUAUGAGAAGGUUAGGGCUAGGGAAAAGUAUCUGAAUCCCAAAUGCCAGCAUAUAUGUAGGCAAACAGCCGGAGCUGAUGUUUAUAAAAGAUAUGAGGAAGAAAGAGAGAAGCUGAAGAAAGUGUUAGCAGAAUUCAAAGGUCGGGUAUCUUUUACCUCAGAUAUGUGGACAUCUUCUACUACUAUGACGGGAUAUAUCUGUCUGACAGCUUACUAUGUUGGUGAGAGCUUCGAGUUGAACAACAAGAUACUAGUCUUCUGUGAGUUGAAACCUCCACAUACUGGUGAAGAAGCGGCUAAUAAACUUAUAGUUAUUUGAAGGAGUAGGAAUUAAAGAAAAAAGUCUUCUCUAUGACCUUGGAUAAUGCUACUUAUAACGUUAGUAUGCAGAAGAUACUCAAGCAUCGACAUAGCGGCAACAACUAAUGCAUAUUUUUUACAAGUGUGGAAAAUUGAAUGCUUACUGAUGAAGUAUGCCAGUUGUGAUGAUCCAGUAAUGAAAGAGAUGGCUAAGAAAAUGAGAGUUAAGUUUUCUAAGUAUUGGGAUGAAUACAGUCUCGUUCUAGCUAUGGGGGUUGUUUUAGAUCCGAGAUUGAAGCUGCAAAUACUUAGAACAGCUUAUGACGAAGUGGAUCCGAGAAACGCUGAGAAAAAGGUUGAAGUUGUUAAGAAGAAAUUGAAAAAGCUUUAUGAAGAGUAUGGAGCCAAGUUUCAGAGUUCUUCUUCAACCUCUUCAGCAACACCGACUCCAUAUGAGCUUCUUACUGAGUCACCAUUAGAAGAUGAUCUGAAUUAUGAUCUGUUUGAACUUGAGCGGAGCAUCCAGCCUGGUCUAGACAAUAAGAAGACAAAUCUGGAGAUGUAUUUAGAAGAUCCUAGGCUAGAUUCGAGGUCUUUUACCGACAUAGAGAUUUUAGGUUAUUGGAAAGAUCAAGAACAACACUAUGGUGAUUUAGCUUCUCUUGCAUGUGAUUUGCUCAUCAUUCCAAUCACAACUAUGGCAUCAGAAUCAGAAUUUAGCAUUGGAGGACAGAUGAUUAGUCCUUACAGAAACCGUCUUCUUCCAAAAAAUGUUCAAGCACUCCUUUGUAUUCGGAACUGGUUAAGAGGUUUUGCUGAAUUUGAAGGUGAUGUUGAAGAUUAUUUUGAUGAAGACAACUUAGACAAGGAUCCAACAACCACAUCAUGUAGUUCUGCAAUAUGAGGUUAAAACUCUUUGGUUCUUGUCAUGGUGGAUUAAACAAUAGACAGAUGAUGAGAGUUCGAGCUGCGUUUUCCAAGGUAGUCUUGGUUGAUACUUGAAUGAAGUUCCUUGUCAGUAUCUACGUUAGCUAGAAGAGCAAGAUCGUUGAUGAGAAAUAAACUAUAUUCUCAAUCAUCUUUUGAAUGUUUUGUUUGUUUUCACAGACCAAAAUCCCCGGUGUUUCAAAACUCAGUUUAUUUGUGAUGACAUUUAAAUUAUUUAAUAGCUUUUGACAACUA